AAAACCUUUUUAAAAAUACAUUUUACUCCUAAUGUAUGGGUGCACCUGACUAACAUGUAUCUGGAACCUUUUUAUGAAGAAAAUGACUAAUUUAUUGCUAGUAUAAUAGCUCAGUAUUAUGGUGCUACAUAAUCCUUAAUCAAAUUUUAGGAUUCUCAAAGUAGACCCAUUAAAUCAGAUUUUUUACAAUGUAGGUGGAUUUUCCUGCAGAAGCAAUCCUAUUCCCAAGGAAAGGCAUAAAUGGAGAGAUGAACAAUCAUCACGUUAAGAAGACUAAUUGUGCUAGAUUCAUGUCUGAUUCUGACAAUAGCUACCUCAGGAAGCUUCCCUUAUCCUGAAAUCCUAGGAAAACUCUUACGAACUUGCAGUUGCUCUAGGUUUUAUCAAUUUCCAUGUUAAAGACUAUAUGCUAACUAUUGAUAGUUUAAUGGACACACUCCCCUAAAGAGAAACAAAAGAUAUGGGCUUAUUACAAUUGGGAUAGGUUUAAUGUGUUAAUUCUAGUCACAUAGGAGGGAUCAAGUUUGGGAAUCUCCCCUCAGUGUGCUCACCUUUCUCUCAUUAAUACCAAUUGACACUGAAGUGGAACACCUAAAAGGUUAUGGGCAAAAUCAUUCCUGGGCCUGGGUAAAAAGGGCAGUUGCUUUGAAACACUUUGCCCUAUCAGAGAACUAGCAGUGGUGCAUGCUUUCUCUUUUUAACAAUAUUGUAUCUGUACCACAGAAAAUAAUGGCAUUUGCAGCAGCAUAAAAUAUUUGUGAACUAAGGUAGGUGGGUUACUUUGGAAACUGCCUCUGCUGAACGUUCAGGGAUGUGUACUGCCAUCAGACCACUGAAGUCGAUGAGAUUAGACCGAUGUACCAAAACAGAUAUUCUGCUUCAUUGAGAAAAGAAAAUGUUGUGGGUUGGAAAGGUGGAUGGGCAGGGGUUGGGGGACGAAGCUAAAGAAUCACUUUGACAAACAAAGCAACCAUGAAAACCGCCUUGUGUUCUAUUAAUUGAGUCACUAAAGGAACUCUCCGCAUUGAUACCCUAACAAACAGACCUGCUUGGACCACAGAGCCAUGAUGGAGCUCUAACCUUAGAUUUAUCCCAUGUAACUUUCUUUAAAAUAAAUAAAAGUCAGACUCAUACUGUUGCUGAGAAUGAUGCCCUAGCUCAGAUUGUUUUUAUAUUUACAUUUAUAUAUAUAAAUUCUCAGUAGCAGCAGGGAUUAAAAAAAGGGAAGCAUUGAAUUCUGAAAGCAGGAACUGUUAAGAUACUGUGUAGGCCAAUGUUAAGGCUGAACUCCUUUGUGUCAUCUUUUGAAAGAUUUGUGUUAAAUAUUAUGCUGUCAAACAGACAUCAAAACCAUUACAUACUCUGUCAUUGUACCUGUACCUACAUGAGUAAUCUUGUGAAAUCAAGGCAAUCUCUGUAAUGGCUUUUCUAUUUUAAAAAAUUGUCGCAAAGCUUGAAUGACAAUGCGGGAAGGAGGGUGAUAGUUGCCUCUGCCUGGAAGCUGUAUAUAUUAUAUCUUGUAAAAUAACAUAUAGUUACAAAUCCUCUCAAGAAUGUGUACGGAAAAUGUUUUUGCUCUCGGAUUUAUUUGAUCAAAGUCUCAUAAUUGAUCUAAUUUGGGGCUCAAUCCUUCACACGCUGCUGGGAGUAGUACUUAUUACCAUGAGCAGGAGCACAGACAGUAAUUUGCUUAUUUAUGGUAGUAUGUUAAUAAGUGGCAUGCCCUGUAAUCUCCUUUUGCAUUUCUCCUCACCCUGCACCUGCCCAAUUGUGUGUGUGUGUGUAUAAACAAAAACAAAAAUGAAACAUCCCUUUCACAACACGCUGUCUGCUUGAGUGUUGCAUCCUUUUCCUCUGACCUUUGUCUAUCUUGUGUAUUUUGAUUGUAAGCUCUUUAGGGCUGGAACCAGUUCUCAUGUACAGCAUCUAGCACAGUGAAACUCCAAUUCUAUUUGGGGCCUCGAGUUGCUAUUACAGUUUUUAAAAAAAGGGUGUGGGGGAGUGUUUGCAGGAACUGGGAUUCUUUUUUUUUUUUUUUUUAAGCAAUCUAAAGGGUUUGGGGCAUAGAUGCCUGAAAUACUAGACAUUGUCAUUGACUUUGCUACAGAGUUCAUUCAAAUUUUGGGGGGUUCUUGACAUUUUUGCUAAAUGGAAACUAAAAUUAGCUAAUGGCAAUUUUAUUUGUAUUCAAAUUGGAACAAAAAUGUUUAAUUCUGUUGCUGAUUGGAUGUUCUUGUGUAUAAGAGGAGAAGAACCGUUUCUAGUUGUAAUGUAAGCCCUCUGCAUAGUAUCAACUCAGAAUAGUAAUCAUAAAAUGAUCUUUCUUUCCUUAUUCAUCUGUAUUAACAAUUUCCAGUUACCAAAGACAAGCUUGUCAAAAGAGCAUAAAUUAAGUUUUGUAUGUUUACUGAACUCAUUUGAUUUGAAGAAACUGAAUGUAUAACUGAAUUUCCACAAGUAAAGUGAAACCCAUUAAGGGUUUGUCAUAAACAAAUUAUUUUUCCAACAAUGUGUCUUAAUGAAAUAUAAUUAAAUGGAAUUUUAUACUAAGAAGUGACAUUUAGGUUGUGUAGUGUUCAAAUAGUUUCUAGUUUCCAUCUGUUACAUUUAUGGACUUGAUUACUUGAAAGUGGAGGUAAGAGAAACAACCCUUUAAGCAAGCUUUGUGUUUGAGGCUAAAAGCAAAUGCAGUUCAUGUAUUAAUAAUGCCAGGCUAAAGGUAGAUGUCUGAUGUUGCACAGCCUGAUAGUGCAACUUAUUUUUUCAUUGACUAAUUCUUUCAGGGGGUUGUACUUAUAACAUAUUUUCUGUAUUUAAGGAUGGUGUCUGCCAGUAGGAGUUAGGACAACAACAUGGAUGAAUAACAGAAAAUAGGUGCAGGGGACCUCGUAGUACUUCUGAUACCUCACUUUAAAAAUACCAGAAUUCCACUGUAACGUGGCAGCUUUCUGCACAACUAUGAAGAGGGCCAGAGUUUGGGAGCUGUCUUAGGAUUCUUGCUUUACUGAGGUAUAGAGCGGGAUGCAGUUAUUACUUUUACCAAAUAUAUUUCUCCAGAUGCUGCUAAACCAAUACCUAUUACAGAGGCAAUGAGGAAUGACAUAGUGGCAAAGAUUUGUGGGGAGGAUGGACAGGUGGAUCCUAACUGUUUCAUUACUGCACAGUCAAUAGUGUUUAAUGCAAUGGAACAAGAGCACUUUAGUGAAUUUUUGCGAAGUCACCAUUUCUGUAAAUACCAGAUUGAGGUGCUGACCAGUGGGACUGUUUACCUGGCUGAUAUACUCUUCUGUGAAUCAGCACUGUUCUAUUUUUCUGAGUACAUGGAAAAGGAAGAUGCAGUUAAUAUAUUACAGUUCUGGUUAGCAGCAGAUAACUUCCAGUCUCAGCUUGCUGCCAAAAAGGGCCAGUAUGAUGGGCAGGAGGCACAGAAUGAUGCCAUGAUUUUAUAUGAUAGGUACUUCUCCCUUCAAGCCACACAUCCUCUUGGAUUUGAUGACUUUGUGCGAUUAGAAAUUGAAUCCAAUAUCUGCAGGGAAGGAGGUCCACUCCCUAACUGUUUUACUACUCCAUUACGGCAGGCCUGGACCACCAUGGAGAAGGUUUUUUUACCUGGCUUUUUGUCCAGCAACCUUUAUUACAAAUACUUGAAUGAUCUCAUCCAUUCAGUACGAGGAGAUGAAUUUGCAGGGGGAAAUAUUGCACUGACUGUACAAGGCCCCAGUAGCUCUCCUGACACUGAGCCUCAUACAACUGGCUCUGAUGGCUCUGCCUCCCAGUCCAGUGUCAAAAAGGCUAAUGUUAAAAUCCUGAAAAAUUUUGAUGAAGCAAUAAUUGUAGAUGCUGCAAGUCUGGAUCCAGAAUCUCUAUAUCAACGAACUUAUGCAGGGAAGAUGACAUUUGGAAGAGUCAGUGACCUGGGACAGUUUAUCAGAGAGUCUGAACCAGAACCUGACGUAAAGAAAUCAAAAGGGUCCAUGUUUUCACAAGCUAUGAAGAAAUGGGUGCAAGGAAACACGGACGAGGCCCAAGAAGAGAUGGCUUGGAGGAUAGCAAAGAUGAUAGUCAAUGAUGUUAUGCAGCAGGCACAAAAUGACCAGCCUUUGGAAAAAGUUACAAAGCAGGUGGAAGCAGAGCUUCCCGGCCGAGCGGCAGCCCCGGCGCACAGAGAUGAGCUCACCAUUUCCUCUCCACGUGGGCAGGGCUGCAGUAAACACAUGGCUGGGGCUGCCCAGGUUGCCACGAUGCAAGGGGACGUGGAGAGGCUGCUGAUCCUGUUCAAAGAUGAGGCUGGCGAGAUCCUGGGGUCCCCCUUUGACGUGCCCAUCGAUAUCACGCCCGAGAAGCUGCAGAUGGUCUGCAACGCGCUGCUCCAGAAGGAGGAGCCGCUGCCCUUGGCCUUCUAUGUCCACGAUGCUGAAAUCGUCACGUCGCUGGAGAACACCCUGGCGGGGCAGGUGGUGGAGACGGAGAGAGUCCUUGACAUCAUCUACCAGCCCCAGGCUGUGUUCAAAGUGCGGGCGGUGACGCGAUGCACCAGCUCUUUGGAGGGGCACACUGAGGCUGUCAUCUCCGUAGCCUUCAGCCCCACCGGAAAGUACCUGGCAAGCGGCUCCGGUGAUACCACUGUGCGUUUCUGGGACCUCAGCACGGAGACGCCACACUUCACUGCCAAAGGUCACAGGCACUGGGUCCUCAGCAUCGCCUGGUCUCCCGAUGGCAGGAAGCUCGCCUCAGGGUGCAAAAACAGUCAGAUAUUUCUCUGGGACCCAGACACAGGGAAUCAGAUUGGCAGGGUGCUCGCCGGACACUCCAAAUGGAUUACGUGGCUGUGUUGGGAACCACUCCACAUAAAUCCCGAGAGCCGCUACUUGGCCAGCGCCUCCAAGGACUGCAGCAUCCGCAUCUGGGACACCAUUGCGGGCCGGUGCGAUAAGAUCCUCACCGGGCACACGCAGUCGGUCACGUGCGUGAAGUGGGGCGGAGACGGCCUGCUCUUCUCCUCCUCCCAGGACAGAACCAUCAAGGUCUGGAGAGGCCAGGAUGGAAUUCUCUGCCGCACUCUGCAGGGCCACGGGCACUGGGUGAACACCAUGGCUCUAAGCACCGACUACGUUCUCCGCACAGGGGCCUUUGAACCUGCAGAAGCCUCUGUCAACCCGCAAGACGUGAGCGGCACCCUGGCAGAACUUAAAGAGAAGGCUCAGCACAGGUACGACCAAGUCAGGGGGCAGGGACCGGAAAGGUUAGUGUCUGGAUCAGAUGACUUUACGCUCUUUCUGUGGGCCCCAGCAGAGGACAAGAAGGCGCUGGAGAGAAUGACAGGCCACCAGGCAUUGAUCAACCAAGUGCUCUUCUCCCCAGACACCCGGAUAAUAGCCAGUGCUUCCUUUGACAAGUCCAUCAAGCUCUGGGACGGCAGGACGGGAAAAUACCUCACCUCCCUGAGAGGGCACGUCUCCGCGGUUUACCAGAUUGCCUGGUCAGCAGACAGCCGUCUGCUGGUGAGCGGGAGCAGUGACAGCACGCUGAAGGUGUGGGAUGCCAAGACAAGGAAGCUGGCCAUUGAUCUCCCCGGCCACGCAGACGAGGUGUUUGCGGUGGAUUGGAGCCCAGACGGACAGCGAGUAGCCAGCGGAGGGAAAGAUAAGUGUUUAAGGAUAUGGAGACGAUAGGAGCAGUGAAGAGAACCCGCCAGUUCUAACUGGCCCUGUCAGUAUGUCCGGGCCUGGCAGCUAACCAGCUCAGCGUGGACUGUGGUGUUCCGCCUCUUACACACCACACUAGCUGUCCCUAAUUAAUUUCUGUGAAGGGAGAUUGUAAUUCAGAUUUAAUGUGAACCAAAGAACUUGCCCUACUGCAUCCAGAUGAUUUUGUCUGCAACCAUGAGUACCCUGGACCUCCACUAGUUCCGAUUCAGCCUGGUUUCUGUUGAAACGACUGCAGCCUGUACUCUCUGGCGGGGAGAGAGAAGAGGGGGUGGGGGUCUGGUCAUGCUUUUUGCCUUCCUUGCAAAUGGAGCCUGCAGGGGCUAAAGCUUUUAGUGGGGACAGAAAAGCAUGUCCUUUCCUGACCUCUGGAGAGAGAAUGGGGAAAACCAUCACACUGUUACCUUGCAAAAUUCUACUCACCCGUUUUGCCUGGGCAAAGAACUGUUUAACGGGUAUGUAAGAGAGCCUUGGCCGCCUUCGUUAUUCAGGUGAGGGGAGCAAGGUGGCUUUGCCCCUGGGCUGGUAAACUUUCCCCUUGCAUAUCGUUCACUCUGUUGGCAAUAGCCCAACCCGCCUUAGGCUAAGGAGCCCAAUUCUGCUUGGCUGUUUGUUCUGAACUAGGGCAGGAGGGGGAGCAGGCGUGAAAUGAAAACUGGUGCAGACACUGUGUCGAGUUUCCAGGUCUCAGUUGUUCUCUGAAUUGCGGAGAAGUGAGCACGCGUGCCUGAGUGAAUCUGUGACCGCUCCCUGUUCCAUGCACAUUGCCUGGCUCGGGUGCACCGUGCACUAGGAAGGAUGGCAUAUGAGGCUGCUAUUGUGUCUCUUGCGUCCUGUUGCGGGUUGUCUGUAGGGUUGAGGUUGUCUCUAAAGGCUGUUCCUGUGCCUUUGAAGUCAAUGGCAAAACUCCCCUUGACUUCCAUGGUGCAGAACUGGUCCCUUACUGAGUUUAUCUAGUACAUUUCCUGUGUCAGGUGGGUGCAGGGAGCUGUGUCACUUGUCCUGUUGCAAAAUCCUGUGUGUUAAUAUUUGUUAAGUUGUUCUUAGCCAGCAUGGAGCGGGGUUUAAGUUAAUGCAGCCCAACAUUUUGGGAGGCAGGUCAACCUGGAUUUAACUUUUACUUCCAAGGAAUUUUAAGAAGAGUGCAAGUCCAAAUAUGAUUAAUAAGGAACAGAUAGAAUAAUGUCAAGUUCUCUGUCACAAUUGCAAUAAAUUUACGUUAAAGACCAA